GGGAGUCAGCCUUCUGCCUUGCAAGGCGCAGAGCUGGGAACCUGGCAGUCCCUAGACCCAGGCGGUGCCCUCCCUCCCUGGGCUGGUUAACAGAGCAGGCAGGCCUCUCUGCCCCUUCCUCAGACCUAGGCCGUCGGGAAGGACAAGAUGUUCACCCUCCCUCAGAAGGAAUCCAGGGCACCUACCACCUGUCCAGGCCCAGCCACCACACAGGACCUGGGAAGUAGCUGUGACAAUGGUCCAGAAAGAGAGUGCUCCAGAAAACCAGAUCAGAAGCUCUAUGGAGUGGGUGAUCCCACUGCCACAUUCUCCUCUGGCAGCUCCUACCUGUCCUCUCGAGGCAGUAUCAUUAAGUGGUUCUGGGACUCUGCCGAGGAGGGCUACAGGACCUACCACCUGGAUGAGUAUGAUGAGGACAAAAACCCAAGUGGCAUCGUUAACUUGGGCACCAGUGAGAACAAACUCUGCUUUGACCUGCUGUCCUGGCGGCUGAGUCAGAGUGACAUGCUGCGGGUGGAGCCAUCCUUGCUGCAGUACCCUGACUGGAGGGGGCAUCUGUUCCUCCGGGAGGAAGUGGCCAGGUUCCUGUCUUUCUACUGCAAGAGCCCGGUACCCCUCAAACCAGAGAAUGUGGUUGUUCUGAAUGGCUGUGCUUCCCUCUUCUCUGCCCUGGCCACGGUCCUGUGUGAGGUGGGGGAGGCUUUCUUGAUCCCAACCCCUUACUAUGGAGCCAUCACGCAGCACGUCUAUCUCUAUGGCAACGUCCGACUGGUCUAUGUCUAUCUGGACAGUGAGGUCACUGGGACGGACACGCGCCCCUUCCAGCUCACGGUGGAGAAGCUGGAGAUGGCCCUGCAAGGAGCUCAUUCUGAGGGUGUGAAGGUCAAAGGCCUCAUCCUUAUCAACCCUCAGAACCCUCUGGGUGACAUCUACUUACCAGGAGAGCUGCAGGAGUACCUGGGAUUUGCUGAGAGGCACAAGCUGCACGUGAUUGUGGAUGAGGUCUACAUGCUGUCUGUGUUUGAGGAGUCGGCCGCCUACAGCAGUGUCCUGGGCCUAGAAAGGCUGCCUGACCCCCAGAGGACCCAUGUGAUGUGGGCCACCAGCAAGGACUUUGGGAUGUCCGGGCUCCGCUUUGGCACACUGUACACAGAAAACCAGGAUGUGGCCAUUGCUGUGGCUUCCCUCUGCCGCUACCAUGGCCUCAGUGGUUUGGUCCAGUACCAGAUGGCACAGCUGCUCCAGGACCGAGACUGGAUCAACCAAGUGUACCUGCCGGAAAACCACGCCCGGCUCAAGGCUGCCCACACAUAUGUCUCUGAAGAGCUCAGGGCCCUGAGGAUCCCCUUCCUGAGUCGUGGGGCAGGCUUCUUCAUCUGGGCUGACCUGAGACAGUACCUGUCUGAGGGCACCUUUGAGGAGGAAAUGCUGCUGUGGCGCCGCUUUUUGGACAACAAGGUGCUGCUGUCCUCUGGCAAGGCCUUUGGGUGUAAAGAGCCAGGCUGGUUUCGCUUCGUCUUCUCGGACAAAGCCCACCGGCUUUGCCUGGGUAUGCAGAGGGUCCGGCAGGUGCUUGAGGGCAAAUCCCAGGUGGCAGAAGACCCCCCCUCCUCUCAGACCCAGGAGCCCAGCAGCUAGCACAGGUAGGCUGGUUGUUAACUUGUGGCCAGAGGACCUAGUAGCCACUACCGGCCUGGGCGUGCCAAGGCUGCGGGAGACUGAUUGUGGAUGAGCCAUUUGCCAGGAGGAUACCUGACUUGGCCU